AUGCUUCCGACUCCAGACACCUCGCAUGUCUCCUUCGACACAAUCUACGAGCCCUCCGAAGACUCCUACCUCUUCCUCGACACCCUCUCCUCCGCCUCCGAAUCCGCCUGGCUGAAAUCACGAUUCCCUUCUUCAACGCCAUCGCCUCUCCUUCUCGAAGUCGGCUCCGGUUCCGGAGUCGUCCUCGCUUUCCUAACGGCAAAUUCACCUCUUAUCCUCGGCCGCGCGGAUGUCCUUGCGCUUGCGACAGACGUUAACAAAAACGCCUGCGCUGCGACACAAAAAACUGUUACUGUGGCUGUGGAAGAGCGGCAAUCGGAGAUAGAUAAGGAUGCGGGUGCGCAGGCGGAGGCAAGGUCCGUCUGCCUGUCCGCGGUUGUAGGGGACCUCUGCACAUCCCUCCGCGCUGGAAGCGUGGACAUUCUCCUCUUUAACCCGCCUUAUGUGCCGACGGAGGAAUUACCCGCUAUACCGUCCACUUCUGAUGCUGCGGCGAACGAAUUGGAACUGUCACGGAGCGCAAAAUUCGAGCGCGACUCCUACUACCUCUCCCUUACCUAUGCUGGGGGCCGGGAUGGAAUGGAGACGACGGACAGGUUACUCGAGUCGAUACCGGAGGUGCUGGAUCCGGAUCGCGGCGUUGCGUACGUCUUGCUCUGUGCGCAGAAUCGGCCAGAGGAGGUCAAGGGUAGGAUUCGGGGAUGGGGAGGCGGUUGGAGGGCUGAGAGUGUUGGGAACAGUGGGGUGCAAGCCGGGUGGGAGAAGUUGGUUAUUGUAAGGAUUUGGAAGGAAUAA